UGUGUUAUUGUGUUUUCAUAAUUUUUUACGAUUUGAAAAAAAGUAACAUUUUCAAAAUUCAGAUUCAUCUGAGCCGUUCGCCUGUCAAGUUGAUCGUUACGCGCAAUUCCGUAAAUAGUCGGGUGGUGAUCGUUAAACAAACGAAGCAAAGAAAACCGUUAUACUUGUGUUUUUUCAAAAGAAAAAUAAAAGAACGAAGUGUUGAAAAAAUUUUUGAGUUUUGAAGGAAAAAUAUUCCUCAUCCAUAAAAAAAAAACAAACAAAAGAAUUAAAGUGGAAGAGUGGUCUGUUGUUGCUGCUGCUGCUGCGUUUAAAUUGAAUUCAUAAAAAAUUUCAUUCAACGUCGUAAUGUAAACAGUUGGGAGAUUGAAAUUUUGACAACUUAAAGUGAUCAGCGAGACCAAAGAGUGAAAGAAAAGAGAAAAUAAAACAGAUCUUGUGAUAAACGCAAUAGAAUAGUGCUUAAAUAUAUAUAUUUUUAAGAUAAUAAUAACAACAACAAAACUAAACUUCACAUAAAUUAUGGCUGCCACAACAACAAAUGCAAACAAAAUGAUGCUGUAUUUAACUGUGUUAGUUGCCGUUAUUACAUCUCAAUGCUUAUCAGCCGAUGCCAUACGCUGUCAUCAGUGCAAUUCGCAUCAGGAGGAAGAUUGCAUCACCCUACGUCUGAGCACCCCCGGCAAUGUUCUCAACGAUCAAUUCCUCAAGGAGUGUCAGGUGCCAAAUAAUAUGACAGCCUUCUGUCGCAAGACGGUGCUGAAAAUCGAAGUGACCGGAGAGCAACGCACCAUUCGUGAAUGCGGCUGGAAACGCGACAAAGUGCAACAGGAAACCGGUGUCAGUUGUUUCAGCGCCGACCACGAGGGUUACACCCAAAUCAUUUGUGCCUGCGAUGAGGAUGGCUGCAAUGGCAGUCCAUCGUUGGGGGGCAGUCACUCCAAGUGGACGGUGUUGGCGGUGACUGGCGUGAGUGUGGCCAUUGCUGCAGUAUUAAGAAGAAAUUGAAUUUUGAGAUCUUUUUUGGGGAUCUC